AUGUCAAUCUUCUUCUCAACCCCCGUCGACAUCGACAUCGUCCUCGAUGACCCCGACAACCGCACCAUGGUCGACGUCAAGCUCGACAAGAACCGCCGCGAAAAGGCGCCCCUGUACAUGGACGGCGAGUCCGUCAAGGGCGCCGUGACGGUCCGCCCCAAGGACGGCAAGCGCCUCGAGCACACGGGCAUCAAGGUCCAGUUCAUCGGCACGAUAGGUACGCACCUCAACCACUAUGACCAGAGCCCCGGCCCCACGCGCGGCGGCAGCCGUCGUUCUUCCUCCUCCCUCGCCGGCCUCCUGACGCCCUCGUGGAGCGCGCCCGCCAUCCGCCUGGGCCUGCAGCAGCAGCGUCGGCACCACCUUACUGACGGGCUGGUAGAAAUGUUCUUUGACCGCGGCAACCACUACGAGUUCCUCUCGCUCAACCAGGAGCUCGCCGCGCCGGGGGAGCUGCAGCACCCGCAGACGUUUGACUUCAACUUCAAGAACGUCGAGAAGCAGUACGAGUCGUACAACGGCAUCAACGUCAAGCUCCGCUACUUUGUCCGCGUCACCGUCUCGCGCCGCAUGGCCGACGUGAUCCGCGAAAAGGACAUUUGGGUCUACAGCUACCGCAUCCCCCCGGAGAUGAACAGCUCCAUCAAGAUGGACGUCGGCAUCGAGGACUGCCUGCACAUCGAGUUCGAGUACAGCAAGAGCAAGUACCACCUCAAGGACGUCAUCGUCGGCCGCAUCUACUUCUUGCUCGUCCGGCUCAAGAUCAAGCACAUGGAGUUGUCCAUCAUCAGGCGGGAGACGACGGGCGCCGCGCCCAACCAGUACAACGAGAGCGAGACGCUGGUGCGCUUUGAGAUUAUGGACGGGUCGCCAUCAAGGGGCGAGACGAUACCAAUCCGGCUCUUUCUUGGCGGCUUUGAUCUGACGCCCACCUUCCGAGACGUGAACAAGAAGUUUUCCACGCGGUAUUAUCUCAACGCCCGACGAUACUUUAAGCAGUCGGAAAUUAUCCUCUACCGCCAGGCCCCCGACACACCUGCUGUCCAAGGCAUCCAAGGCGUGCCUCCUCCUACCGAGAACAGAGUCGCCGCUAUUCAGGCGUGA